AGUGGUCCCAAUGAAUAACUAAUUUAUUUAGAGCAUUAUUUUCUCGCUCCUUCCCACCCCCAGCUCCGAGGAGAUGGUAGAAUCCACUGCCUUUUUUUUAACUGCGGGAAAUCUCGCGAUGGAGGGAGGAAGAGGGACACCCCCAGCAGCAUUGAAAGAAAGGCAGUCGGGGUAUGCUCUACCUGCAAGUCUUGAAGCCAACAGCCUGAAGAAAAGCAACUGGGGCUUCUUACUCACUGGCAUCGUUGGCGGGACGCUGGUGGCCGUGUAUGCUGUGGCCACACCGUUUAUCACCCCAGCCCUCCGGCGCGUUUGUUUGCCUUUUGUACCUGCAACUACAAAGCAGAUUGAAAACGUCAUGAAAGCGCUGCGGUGCAGAAGAGGAUCCCUGGUGGACGUCGGCAGCGGCGACGGGCGCAUUGUGAUAGCAGCUGCAAAGGAGGGGUUCACUGCUGUCGGUUAUGAAUUAAACCCGUGGCUGGUCUGGUACUCCAGGUACCGCGCGUGGCGAGAAGGCGUGCAGGGCUCCGCCAGGUUUUACAUCUCGGACCUGUGGAAGGUUACUUUUUCUGAAUACUCAAACGUCGUGAUUUUUGGGGUACCGCAGAUGUCAGUGGCUCUGCAGGUAUUCUCAGGGCCCCCUUGCCUCCGACUGCCCGCUCACCGAGGUGCUGCUGUCGCUCCCCGCAGAUGCCGCAGCUGGAGAGGAAGCUCGAGCUGGAACUCCAGGACCACGCUAGAGUCAUCGCCUGCCGGUUCCCCUUCCCGCACUGGAGCCCGGCCCAGGUCACCGGGGAGGGGGGUGACACCGUGUGGGCCUACGAUGCCAGCUCUUUCCGGGCCAUGGAGAGAGGCCCUGAGGGUCGGUGUGCUUCAGUCGGUCACUCACGUAGAGACUUUAUCGAGGAGGGUUUCUGAAGCGUUGGGGUCUUUGAUUUUAUAGAGACUUAAGGCUGUGUCUUCAGCAAAGCAUGUGUUUUUCCUUGCUGUGGAAUGAGAAAUUCUGAUUGCUUUCCUUAACUUUUGGAGACAAUAAACAGAAGUAAAAAACAGCAGGGAGAUUUAAA